UGGAAACCUCGCGUUGGAGUCGAUCCAAUUCCUGUGUGUUAUAAAAUGCUCCGUCCGCCUAUUAGUGAUUUCGCGCCAGUAAUCGAACACACCAGGAAGGUUGUAAAGGUGAAGUCUAUUUAUUUCUUCAAGCCGCGAUACGUUACCCGUGUCGGUGUUUUCCAGCACCUAAGAAGAGAAAUGAGGGUCUGGAAAGGUCUCAAACACCCCAAUAUCGUUAGGUUCAUUGGUUAUGCGAUAGAACACGAAGUUUAUGGAGUUACUGCUGCUCUGGUGUCGGAAUGGUGCGCGAACGGCACUGUUGUUAAGUACCUGCAGCAGAACCCUGCUGCUGAUCGUGGAAUGCUGGUAUCCGACGUAGCUCAGGGGCUGUUAUACCUCCACAGUCGCAAUCCUAUUAUCAUUCAUGCAGAUCUUAAACCACUCAACAUCCUAAUUAACGACAUGGGACGUGCACAGUUAUGCGAUUUCGGAUUGUCCUGUAUCCUUGACGAACUUCCGACAGGGCUAACAACUUCUGUCCGGGGGGGAACGCUCCGAUUCCUAGCACCAGAAUUGUUAGACGCCUCUAAGGAUCCGCAUCCCACCACAAAUAGUGACGUUUACGCUUUUGGGUGUACAUCUAUACAAAUUCUCUUUGAUCACCCUCCAUACUACUGGCUCAAACGGGAGAUUGAGAUUGUGAAGGCAAUCGAACGCAACGACACUCCCUGGGGCUGGUCUGAUAGGCCCCUUGAGCAACUACUGGCGUCCUGCUGCUCAGCAAGUGUGGCCCGUCCUUCCAUGUCCCAAAUAGUUGCCUUCUGGUCUGCUUGACCUCUCACGCCCGGUCAACCGGUUUCCCUGCGACAUAAGCAAACGGCUGCGCUGGAUACCUGCAUAGGUGUCAUAGUACCACUCGGAACCGUGGAACUCGCCCGCUAACGGUACUCCAACAUCGUUUCUGUUCUCGUAUACCUGUUGUGGUCGCGGAACAGCCCUGAUAGUUCUCCA